AGUUGCAUUCACCCCACGCAUAACAUAUUCCUUCAUUCUCAGUUCCCGUCAUAUUGGGUAUAGUCUUAUCGUUUCUCAAUUACACUCACAAUGUCCGCAGACCUCUUUGCAGAGUUUGGCAUGGGGUCCGCCCCCCCUCAACCUCGGAGAGAUUUGCGCCAACACUCUGCUGGGUUCCAAUCGUUGUCGUUAAUCCCCGACCUGGAUGCAUUUGAGGAUCCUUCCAUCCGCUCUUCAUCAGAUCUAAACAAGACUGCAACAAAGCCGGCUCAUGUCGAACCCAGCUGGACCCAGUCAGCUUUUGAAAGGCCGGGUACAUCAGGGCUGCCGCAGUAUGGACACGGAAAUGAUAACGUUUUAUUUGAUGCCACCCUUGAAAGCGUUCCGGACGAUGAGAGCGAUGACUGGGGCGAGUUUGAGACUGCGGACGUGCCCACCAUCAAGGAAACACCACACACUGCGUUACAGCCCCGGGAUGCCGUAAAAGGACGCAGGGUAUUGCCGACUCCUUCGAAACGCACUACAGUAUUCUCGGCGCCCUUGAUAGAUUCCUUGUCAAUCGAUGAUAAUAUACCCUCGUCUGGGAGUACGCCCACUGCGGCUCCAAAUCGGACGGUUCCUAAAGCACGCCGAAAAGAACCACCAAGUGUCGCAUCGCCUCUUCCUACUCAAGAAGAUCCAUUUGAGGAAUGGGGCGACUUCGUCGAUGGGCCGUUCAUAGCCUCCAGUCAAACAGGCGCCCCAAGUACUCCGGCCCCAACCGCCCAGCGGCCUCGCGGGAAUGGAAGAAAAGUCUCCGAAAACAUCAAAUCCCCUGCAGGAUCAACAAGUUCUUUUCAAACAGCCAGUCUUCCUACAAUGGCAGCUCAAGUCCGUCCAACGAAUAUACCUCCGCCAUCUGUCUUACUCGAGCUAUUCCCUCAACUACUGGAUGAACUUCGACAAGAGGCGACCAAAGCAAGAAAGGAUCUGCAGCAAAAAGACCAGCUCGAAAACACUGCGAGUCUAAUCAUCUGCACCUUGAAGACUGCAGCACGAGUUGUUGCCGGUAGAACCCUGCGGUGGAAACGGGACUCCAUACUGAGCCAGAGUAUGAGAAUUGGCCCGGCCCGCGCCGGUAAACCCGGAGGCAUGAAACUCAACACAGUAAACAAGAAUGAGGACAUUAAGGAGCAACAAGAAGCUGUCGACGUGCUCACCAUGUGGCGCGACCGUACGGCCCUCUUUAAUUCCAUCAUCCAAGCGGCCGGAAGACAUCCAGUCCAGGUCAUACCGGAGAAUAUUCGGGUAAUGACAUAUACUGCCAACCAAGGGGCUCUAAAGGCGUCCCAUGCCUGCGCCCUGUGCGGUCUGAAAAGGGAUGAAAGAUUGCCCCGAAUUGACGGGAAUGUAGAGGACAGCUUUGGGGAGUGGUGGACGGACCACUGGGGCCAUACCGACUGCAGGCAGUUUUGGGAGAAAAACCGAAGUCUGCUCGGCCAACGAUAGGGAGAGCUCCGCGUGAGCAAGCCAGAGGGGCAAAUUAACAGCUGACAUGACUGAUCACACCGGAGGCAGAGAAUACGAUCUUGACCAUACUGCAUGACACAUGUCUACCCGGACUUGAUUCAUUGCAACGGAGACGGCAUGAGGCUGCCAACAAUCUACCACUAACUAACCGCUUGAUGACUGGGUCAUCUGCCAGACCAUGGGCCACUGCUGUAAAUACCGGUAACAUGGGGUCUUCUGAACAUAUCUUUGUCCAUAGGAUACUGAUUAGACAAAUCCAAACACAGUGAA